AUGUCCGACUCCAAUGAACCGAAGCCAUUGGCUUCGGCCUUUGAUAGUCCGACAUUUGGAGAGGACAGCUCUUUUCAUGUAGACCAACCGGUUGGUUCCAUGUCUAUCUCUCCAUGCGGUCGAGACGUGGUUCUGGCGUCGAAGGAGGGUCUUCACAUUAUUGACCUGGAUUCACCUUACUCUCCACCUCGGUAUCUUCCACACCAUACUCCUUGGGAAGUUGCGGACGUUCAAUGGUCUCCAUUUGCUGCUCGAGACUAUUGGGUUGUUAGCACAUCUAAUCAGAAGGCGUUGGUAUGGAACUUGGCGAUGCGGAGUUACCAGAAUUCCAUCGAGCAUGUCUUGCAUGCACACACCCGCGCCAUCACGGAUAUAAACUUCUCAGCACAUCACCCUGAUAUCCUUGCGACAUGUGCAGUCGAUAGUUUCGUUCACUGUUGGGAUCUCCGAGCUACUUCCCGGCCGGCUAUCUCGUUCUCAGACUGGUUCGCCGGAGCUACUCAGGUAAAGUGGAACCGACAAAAUCCCAAUGUGAUUGCGAGCUCUCACGACAGGUACCUUCGGAUUUGGGAUAAGCGGAUGGGAGCCUAUCCGAUUCGAUCUAUCGUAGCUCACGAUACUAAGAUCUACGGCGUUGACUGGAAUAGGGUCCGACCCGGGGCUUUAGCAACCUGUUCCUUGGACAAAACAAUCAAGUUCUGGGAUUAUACCGUGGAGGACGAUGUACCGGAGAAAGUGAUCAAGACACCGUUUCCUGUUUGGCGUGCACGGAAUACGCCAUUUGGCUGGGGUGUCUUGGCUAUGCCUCAGAGAGGGAACAGUGAUCUCCAUCUGUACAGCCGUCGAGCUGUGGAGGGCGCGGAUCCUGAUAACCACCUCGCUCCAGUGCAUAGCUUUCCCGGCCAUAAAGGCCAGGUUAAAGAAUUUCUCUGGAGGGCUCGUGGUGAUGUUGUUGAUGGCAUCGACCACAGAGAAUUCCAAUUAGUGUCUUGGGGUACUGAUAAGGAACUCCGUCUACACCGGGUCGAUCCUGAUGUUCUACAAAGAGUAGGUUACGAGAAAGGAAAAUCGUUCAUAUCCAAUCUGAACAUCACACGGAAGGGAGCGGUCUAUAGGAGCUUCCGGGACGAGAAUGUUGGCCUCGAACUAGAGGAAGAUGGUACUUUGUCACCAGGAUUUGCGACUCCCGUGCCUCCGUCUUCUCGCGGCGCCGGUAUAAAUACUAUAUCAAUUCCAUACGCCCCCGCCUGGAUACAAGGAGGCAAUGCCGACUCGAGGAUUGGAAUGAAGAGUAGAACCGGUCUGCGAACUGACACCAACCCGAUUGCCUGGAUGAGAGGCGUGAAAAUAUCGGGAUGGGAUAUCGAAACGCUUGGGGACGAGAUAACUCACGUGGGUGAAAAGUUCACAAAAGUGGCUUUCGAGUCAGUUGAUAUAAGGCGGCGAAAAGCCACAAUAUCUUUGCAUGGGCCAUGGGGCGCUGACGGUGCCUCGCUUUUCAUUCGAGUGGACAUCAAGUUCCCACCAGAUUACCCAAAGGACGCAGUACCCACAUUCAGCGUGCAGAGGACAACGGCUGUCAGUGACCAGCUCGCCAGCAAGAUUAUUGCGGAGCUGCAAACUAUUUCUGAGACGUAUCUGUCAUACAAGCGGGGCUGCCUUGAAGGUGUUGUUCGGUACCUUUUGGGUGAAAGCAGCCUCGAAGAGAGCAUCGCCUGGAUCCUGGGAGAAACAGCGGAGACUAUUAAAUCACCAACAAAUGGCCAUGACGGAGGCGACGAAUCCAGUGAUGAGGAUGAGGUUGGCUUAUCGCAGAGCCAAGACCUAGCAAUGAGUUCCGAGUUGAUUCGACCUGUUAACGCAAACGUGAUGGUACCUAGGGCCAGGGAGUGUGGAGCGGUCUGGGGCAAUAAUGGCCGCCUUGUAUGCUUUUUUCCAACAAAGAAAGAUAAAUCAGCAUACUCUCUUGAAAAUCUCGGGUUUAAGGAAAUGACGAGACUGUCAAGAUCUGAUAAUCUCUUUGAGAGAUUUGGACGUUUUGAAACAAGUUCACCAGGGCCACGGAUAACAGGUACCAUAGCAAGCACUGACGAUGGUGCUUCAGAGUACUCAGAUGACUCCGAAGCUGAGACAUCGAGCUCUUCCGGGUCGUCGGGUAUUCUUUCAGGUCUUCAACAUCGCUUUCCCACACCCCAAACAUGGCGUAGUGUUGGUAGUCUUGGGAUGUACCGGCCACGCUCCACAGACAACUCUCAGAGGUCGACUGUCGGCGGGAUGACUUCAGGAUCAUCUGACACACCGCAGAAUGUCAUUACAAUUCAUGAUCUAAGUGGUAUACUGCCGGCCAAGCGAGAGCUGGCUAUUGCUUACCGUAUAUGCGGCGAAGUCGUUGAUGUUUGUGCCCACAACGCGGCGGUUGCCUUUGAUCAUGGUUACUAUGAACUGGCUCGUAUUUGGGGCCUGGUCAAGCUCAUCUUACAGCAAACAAAGUCAUUGAGGUCACCUCCUGUCAUGAAUAGUAUGAGCAGGUCUUUGCGCAUUCAGCGCAAAGAUAGUGCUAUAGACCUAAGUUUCGACGCACUCCAUCCCGACAAGACGUCUCAAAAUACAACAAAUGUCGUUGAAUGGGGAAACCAUCCUUUUGGCGGCAAUUUGCUCAUUCCGGCUCUUUUUGCUCAUUUCGAGCAGGUUGGUGACAUACAAAUGGCUGCGAUGCUCUCCUGCGUUCUGUACGAGCCAAACCUCGAGCGGUCUCCGUCCAAGGGAGAACUACCACCGGAACAAGCAGACCACUUUUUCUUUCCUCUAGAUGUCUAUAACAACACCACCUUAGAUGCGAACAAAUCGCAAGCGGUGACACCGCUCAACUCCACACCGAAAGAUAGCCAUGCCACACCUGGUGCGCAAAGCUCGGGACGAUCAUCCUUUGAAUUGUGGCGGGUGGGCACAACGCCCCCUUAUUCCGCGGGUACAACCCCUCCUUUGCUUUCUCGUACGAGCGGGUUAGGUAUCGAGCGCAGGGCAGUCACUCAGCAUGCGUCAUUAGCAGCUUCUCCCGAUCAACAAGCACAGCCACGAAGUAGCUCUGGUUUUGGUUCAGCUCUCGCGUCGUCUCUCACCAGGUCUUUCAACACAUUUGCGCCAUCCUCAGCUUCACCUCCAGCAGGCGACCUUCUUAGGAGGAAGCAUGCCCAAGUUGAGAGUCCUCGCACAGCCGUAGCGUCCGGCACAUGGACCCCUUCCAUUACUACACCUAGACCUGCGUCUACAAACAAUGAUCAUCUCACGCCAGCAGUUAUAUCCAGCUUACAAACCCACUCUGAUACGGAGAGCGAAAGGCUUACUCCAAAAAAUGCUAAACCGACGAAGAAAGUUCGGGUGACGCUGAAGAACAAAGGUGCUUUCGACAGCGAUAAUGCUACACAAGCGUUGUUCCUUGACCCCAAGAAAGAUAGCUUAUACCGGUCAUAUCGCAUGGCCUAUGCCCACUUGCUGUCUGUUUGGGGGCUGCCGAUACAGCGAAGUGAAAUACUGAAAAUAGGCGACUUGAAGCAACCAAACCAUGCUCCCACUCGUGAAGGAGGCCCUAGUAGCCCUGAAGACUCGCUCUCUCUACCACGUCCACUCCGAACAACCUCGCCAGAAAUCUCAGCAGACAAGGAUGGAAAAGGCCUUGGAAUUCAACGACAUUGCAUCGGUUGCGGGGCUCCACAACUAUCCAUCUUCGCCAUCCAAACUACCGUCGACGCCGCAUUGGCCGCGAGAAAGAGCAAAACCAAGGGCGACGCGACCUCGAUAACCUGCCUCAAAUGCAAACCCACACGGCGACUGCCACUCAAGCUUCCAUGCGCUAUAUGCCACGAAGUAGUCGAAGGGAUGCUCACACCGUGUCUCGGCUGCGGCCACGUCUGUUGCUUCAGCUGCUACCGCGACUGGCUCUCCGUGGCCUCCACAGAUCCAACCCAACAGCACAGCGAUGACAGCGACCAAGAGCCGAAUUCACAAUUCUGCCCUUCAGGCUGCGGCUGUAAAUGCGCAGAUCACGGCAUGACUGAUAUAGUGGCCUCUUCACCAUUGGCUUGGAGCCGGGCUUCAUCCCCGGUCCAUGAGGGCGACAGUUCCAAUCCAGCUUCUGCGUAUAGAUCCCAGAACAGACGGGAGGCGUCGAGGUCCAUUGAUGGUCUGGUGAACCCCGACCAUGGCCAUGGCCAUGCCGAGGAUGACCUGGAGCAGUGGGGGGCGUCUCCGUUUGCUUCUUUGGCUAGGGGACUAGGUGGGGGUCUUAGUCGGGGACUGCGUGGGAAGGAGGAUAGGCGGAAGCCAGGGAAGGCGCCGGGGAGCUCGACGUUUGUUCCGAAGAGGUCUUCUAUGAAUCAAGUUCUUAGCUGA